AUGGCGUUGAAAGCCAGAGCACUUUACAACUUCCAGAGUGAAAACAAAGAAGAGAUCAGCAUCCAGGAGAAUGAGGAGCUGGUGAUCUUCAGCGAAAACUCCCUGGACGGGUGGCUGCAGGGCAAGAACAGCCGAGGAGAAACUGGCAUCUUCCCUGCCUCUUACGUCGAGAUCCUCAGGUCCCGGUCGAGCUCCGGUUAUACAGACUAUUCAAACAGUCCAGCCAGCUCCCCUGGGAAUGAGUCCUUCUACAUGCCCCCUUCCAACACCAACACCUCCCAUCAGGGCAGCUUUGAGGAUGAUGAUGAUGAUGACUGGGACGACUGGGACGAUGGCUGCACAGUGGUGGAAGAGCCACGGGGCAGCCCUGGCACCAAUGGGCACCCCUCCCCUAACCUGCAGUACCCUGCGGCAUACCCCAACCAGAAUGCUGGCUAUCGUCCCAAGCCAGCCUUGGAGAGGCAGGACAGCAUCAGUUCCUCCAAGAGGGGCAGCGUGGUGGGGCGGAACCUCAACCGCUUCUCCUGUUUCGUCCGCUCUGGGGUGGAGGCCUUUAUCCUGGGAGAUGUGCCCAUGAUGUCCAAGAUCGCUGAGACCUACUCCAUCGAGAUGGGUCCCAAGGGCCCCCAGUGGAGGGCCAACCCGCACCCUUUCAUCUGCUCUGUGGAGGAGCCUACCAAGCAAACGAAAUUCAAGGGCAUCAAGAGCUACAUCUCCUACAAGCUGACCCCUAGCAGCAUCAAUGCGCCGGUCUAUCGGCGGUACAAGCACUUUGACUGGCUGUACAACCGCCUGCUGAACAAGUUCACAGUGAUCUCGGUUCCACACCUGCCCGAGAAGCAGGCCACUGGGCGCUUCGAGGAGGACUUCAUCGAGAAGCGCAAGCGGAGGCUGAUCUUGUGGAUGGACCACAUGACCAGCCACCCUGUGCUGUCCCAGUAUGAGGGCUUCCAGCACUUCCUCACUUGCCGCGAUGACAAGCAGUGGAAGAUGGGCAAGCGGCGGGCAGAGAAGGAUGAGAUGGUGGGGGCCAGCUUCCUGCUGACCUUCCAGAUCCCCACAGAGCAUCAGGACCUGCAGGACGUGGAAGACCGGGUGGACUCGUUCAAGGCCUUCAGCAAGAAGAUGGACGACAGCGUCUUGCAACUGACCAACAUGGCCUCGGAGCUGGUGCGCAAGCAUGUGGGGGGGUUCCGGAAGGAGUUCCAGAAGCUGGGCAACGCUUUCCAAGCCAUCAGCUACUCCUUCCAGAUGGACCCACCCUACAGUUCGGAUGCGCUCAACAAUGCCAUCUCGCACACAGGCAAGACGUACGAGACCGUUGGGGAGAUGUUCGCCGAGCAGCCCAAGAAUGACCUUUUCCUCAUGCUGGACACUCUCUCCUUGUACCAAGGGCUCCUCUCCAACUUCCCAGACAUCAUUCACCUUCAGAAAGGAGCCUUUGCCAAGGUGAAGGAGAGCCAGCGGAUGAGUGACGAGGGGAAGAUGGAUCAGGAGGAGGCAGAUGGGAUUCGGAAGCGCUGCCGCGUGGUUGGCUUUUCCCUCCAGGCAGAGAUGAACCACUUCCAUGAGCGGCGCAUAGCAGACUUUAAGAAAAUGAUGCAGUCCUACCUGAAACAACAGAUCAUCUUCUACCAGAGAGUCAGCCAGCAGCUGGAAAAGACUUUACGCAUGUAUGACAACCUCUAA